ACCAUCAGGCUACAGCCACCGGGCUCGCAUACCAUCCGCGCGCACAUCCGAGACACCAGAGGAUCAGUUUCGGGUACAGGGGACAUAAGAACAGAUAGGGUACAUCAUUUAUAACGCACGUGCGUUUAGCCUGGAAUAAUCCAUUUAGACGCAUCGAGGGGCAACGUCAAAUUUGAUAUUCAUUACACCAGGAAUCUCAGGGAAGAAAGAAGCGAACAGGCUGUUGUCCAUUUGGAAUUGGCAUGGACGCGUUUAAGAAAGGACUAUCAAAAGCCAAAGAUGGUGUUGUGGCGGCGGCGGAGAAGACUAAACAGGGAGUGACAGGAGCAGCUGAAAUGACUAAAGAUGGGGUCAUUUUUGUUGGUUCUAAAACAGUGGAUGGAGUCACUACAGUGGCUGGGAAGACUGUUACUGGGGUGUCACAGGUGGGUGGUGCCAUGGUGACUGGAGUCACAGCUGUUGCCCAAAAAACGGUGGAAGGUGCUGGGAACAUUGUCGCUGCAACAGGACUGGUGAAGGACACACCAAAACCACAGGAUGAAGAGGCCAAGGAGGCGCCAGUGGAGAAUGCAGGGGAGUCUCCGGCUGAGGCUGACAACAGCUGUGACAAGGCCACUGAGGACACAGAGUGAUACUCAUUGUGUUGCUUGGAGUUAAGAGUUCAAAGACAAGAACAUUCCAUGUUCCAUGCCAAGUUCCCUUUUACUGCGUUGUGGUUCUCCAUGGAUUUGGUUUGGUGUGUCUCUGUGUGUGUUUGAGUGAAAAUAAUCCAGGUAUGUGUGAAAGUGCGAGUGCAUGCAUCUGUGUUGGUCCAUGUCCUCUGUUAGUCUGUACUGUUAGUAAAUUUGAAAAUCAA